AUGAAUUCUCAACUUCAAUUCGGUCCAGUUUUGAAGCUUAGACACGAGCAGCCGUCUCAUGAUCAAUCUGCGAGCUACGCGGAAUCUGAAACUGGUAAUUGCGUUUCGCUGUAUUCGUUGGCUUCCACCAAAACGUUGGGCUCGCAUUGGAAACGAGUUGCCACCGAAAAUGUGACGUCGAGCAGUUUUUCUGAGGCAACAAUGGUCUCCAAUGGUGAAGAUACUAUAAAAAGUUUGAAGGAAUUGUGCGAAUCGCAAAUGUGCGACAUUCAAUUGGAUAAUGUCAUUGAGCUUUUGGAUAUAAUGAGAAAGUGCAAAAAUGAUUUAAAGGAGACUAUUGGGGAAGGGUCGGAUUUUCUAGCGAAUUGUUGCGAUGAGCGAAAACUUUGCAUGGACAAGAUGCUAUCAAAAUUGGAAUCUCUUGAGAAUGAGGCCAACUCGGCGGAAUGUAUCAUGGCAGUGAAUGGCGAGCGUUUUCUCGAUAGCACUCAUGAAAUAACGGAAAUGAUCGAGGACAAGGCGAAAAUUGAAAAGUUUGUGAAUCGAUUCGUUUCAUUACCGCAGAAAUCAUCGACUGCUCUCCUUUAUAUUGAGGGAAAUCAGAGAAAAGCGGACAAGAUUCGCAAUUUGCUUGAUUUCAAUCGUAUCGAGCAUGAGCCAUUAACAAUUUUUGAGCACGAGGAUUAUCGUGUCAGUCAAGUGGUCGACGCGUUGUCCAAUUGGAUUGCGAAGCUUCCGCUCAACACCGAUGAACGACACCGAAUGUGGGACAAAAUUCAGAACACUGAAAUCGGUGAUGUGGAAAAGUGCGAUUCCGUAUUCCGCGAGCUGAUUUCAAUGAUGCACAAAUGGAAUGAUAGGAAAACAAUAUUGUCGAGCAUUCCACCAAUCUCAUUGCACAAUUGUUCUUCAUCGUUCUCUGAGGGAAGUGUAUACACCGAUUAUGAUCCGACACGGUACAGUACACAUUCAACUACAACGGAUUCCGUAAUUGACGACUUGGAUGCGAAGCUCCGAGAAAGUUUGAUUCGCACUGCGGUUCAGGCACCAAAUCCAAAAAUUUCUUUCGGAAGUUGGUCAUCGGCAUCAAGCAUCGAUCACAUGUUCGAUCAUUCAAAUGAUACAAGCCGCUCGAGCAUCCAGUCUGUUCAAGAACCCAUGUCGCUAUCAUCCUACGAGUUUCGAACAGCAACUCACUCGCCGACAUCGAAUCAAGACUAUGAUUCCGAUAUCAAGACAGCGCUUUCGGCGGAAGAUUCUGUUGUUGCUCCACAUGGUCCGAGAACACCGGAGAAGCUAGUCGAAGAAAAACGUAUUCAUGAUGCGACGUUGGAUUCAAUUCCGAGUAACGCCGACGUAUCGUUUUCGACGGUCAGCCUUGCCGAUAUGAUCGACGAUGCCCUUCACACUGCCAAAGAGGCGGUUUCGUCGAUCGACAACACCGUUCACGAAAAGGCGCACUCGCUUCUCGAGGCACUUCAUAACAGCGCGACAAAGUGUGGAGUUUCGGUUUCGAAAUUGAUGUCCGGAGCAAGCGCGUCGAGCAGCGAGAGCGAGUCGCACACACAAAGCUCUUCGUCUUCUUAUAAGUUACCAUAA